GCCGCCGCCGCUGCUGCCACCGCCACUGCCGUCGCCGCCACUAGCCGUGCGGGUUUCUUUUUUUCUUUUUCUGUCUUUUCUUCGUUUUUGAUUAGUUGGGUCCGCCAUAUUGACGAGGCCGUGAUACCCAAGGCUGCGGAAGCUAGUCUCCGCCCGUGGCGGAGCCACAAGCUCUCGGUAGCCGGCCCGUUCGGGCCUCUGUCCCAGCGAACCCCCUCCCUGCCUUGCACCGGCUCCUAGGCCUCGCGGGAGCCGGCCGCUGCCGCCUCUCCCUCACGGGAGGCGGCUACCUUUAGCGCCCCGGGACUUGGGGUCGCUGACGGGAGCGAGGAGCGGAGCCGCAGGCAGGCGAGCAGGCCCGGAGUGGGGGGACAGAGGCGGCGUCUAGGGGAAGGUGAAACUGCCGCUGCAGGAGGAGGAGCAGGAGGAGGUGACGCAGGAGAAACGCACCGCCCGGAGCUUGACUGAGCUCAGAGAGCGCCCCAGCCUGAGGGGAGAAGGGGAAGAGGGCCGCCGUCGGCUGAGAGGGAGGAGGAGGCGGCCGUAGCCGCCGCGGCCCUAGGGCGGCCAGGGUGAGGAGCGCAGCGCCGUGUCCGCACGCGUGCAGCCUCUCCUCACGGUCUGUCCGGCCUCGAGCUUUUGCUUUGCGCCUCCCGCCUCCGCGUGUCCUGCUUCUGAAGACUGUGCUGGGUUAUGCAAUGGUCUCUGCAAGAUGUUUUAUUCUUGAAUUGGAGCUUUUUAAGACUGACAAAUGCUGGUACUUCAUCUUCUAUAAGUGGACUAUAAUUUCUUUUCGUAAGACAACUACAUAAGCAGACAAAAUUGCAAAGAUCUGCCCUGUGUCGAGUAUGACAGCCACGACUCGUGGCUCUCCAGUUGGAGGGAAUGACAACCAGGGCCAAGCUCCGGAUGGACAGUCUCAGCCCCCCCUCCAACAGAAUCAGACUUCAUCGCCUGAUUCUUCCAAUGAGAAUUCCCCGGCAACUCCUCCUGAUGAGCAAGGUCAAGGUGAUGCUCCUCCACAGAUUGAAGAUGAGGAACCUGCAUUUCCACAUACUGACUUGGCAAAGUUAGAUGAUAUGAUCAACAGGCCUCGAUGGGUUGUUCCAGUUUUGCCAAAAGGGGAAUUAGAAGUGCUUUUAGAAGCUGCUAUUGAUCUUAGCAAGAAAGGUCUUGAUGUUAAAAGUGAAGCAUGUCAGCGAUUUUUCCGAGAUGGGCUAACAAUCUCAUUCACAAAAAUCCUUACAGAUGAAGCAGUGAGUGGCUGGAAGUUUGAGAUUCAUAGAUGUAUUAUUAACAAUACACAUCGCCUGGUGGAGCUAUGUGUGGCUAAAUUGGCCCAAGACUGGUUUCCACUUCUAGAACUUCUUGCUAUGGCCUUAAAUCCUCAUUGCAAAUUCCAUAUCUACAAUGGUACACGUCCGUGCGAAUCAGUGUCCUCAAGUGUUCAGGUGCCUGAAGAUGAACUUUUUGCUCGUUCUCCAGACCCUCGAUCACCCAAAGGUUGGCUAGUGGAUCUCCUCAACAAAUUUGGCACAUUAAAUGGAUUCCAGAUAUUGCACGAUCGUUUUAUUAAUGGAUCAGCAUUAAACGUUCAGAUAAUUGCAGCCCUUAUUAAACCAUUUGGACAGUGCUAUGAAUUUGUCACUCUUCACACAGUGAAAAAAUACUUCCUUCCAAUAAUAGAAAUGGUUCCACAGUUUUUAGAAAACUUAACUGAUGAAGAACUGAAGAAAGAAGCAAAGAAUGAAGCCAAAAAUGAUGCUCUUUCAAUGAUUAUUAAAUCUUUGAAGAAUUUAGCCUCCCGGGUUCCUGGACAAGAAGAAACUGUAAAGAACUUAGAAAUAUUUAGGUUAAAAAUGAUACUUAGGUUAUUGCAGAUUUCUUCUUUCAAUGGAAAGAUGAAUGCACUGAAUGAAGUUAACAAGGUAAUUUCUAGUGUGUCAUACUAUACCCAUCGGCAUGGCAAUCCUGAGGAAGAAGAGUGGCUCACAGCAGAGAGGAUGGCUGAAUGGAUACAACAGAACAAUAUUUUAUCUAUAGUUUUGCGAGAUAGUCUUCAUCAACCACAGUAUGUAGAGAAGCUAGAAAAGAUUCUUCGUUUUGUCAUCAAAGAAAAAGCUCUGACCUUGCAAGAUCUUGAUAAUAUCUGGGCUGCACAGGCAGGGAAACAUGAAGCCAUUGUGAAGAAUGUACAUGAUCUACUGGCCAAAUUGGCAUGGGAUUUUUCUCCUGAACAACUUGAUCAUCUUUUUGAUUGCUUUAAGGCCAGUUGGACAAAUGCAAGUAAAAAACAACGUGAAAAGCUCCUUGAGCUGAUUCGUCGUCUUGCAGAAGAUGAUAAAGAUGGUGUGAUGGCGCAUAAAGUGUUGAACCUUCUGUGGAAUCUAGCCCACAGUGAUGAUGUGCCUGUAGAUAUCAUGGACCUGGCUCUCAGUGCUCACAUCAAAAUACUAGAUUAUAGUUGCUCCCAGGAUCGGGACACACAAAAGAUUCAGUGGAUAGAUCGCUUUAUAGAAGAACUUCGCACAAAUGACAAAUGGGUCAUUCCUGCACUGAAACAAAUUAGAGAAAUUUGUAGUUUGUUUGGUGAAGCACCUCAAAAUUUGAGUUCUUCUCGUUUCAGUCAAACUCAGCGAAGUCCCCAUGUAUUUUAUCGUCAUGACUUAAUCAAUCAACUUCAGCACAAUCAUGCCCUAGUUACCUUGGUAGCAGAAAACCUUGCAACUUACAUGGAAAGCAUGAGACUGUAUGCCAGAGAUCAUGAAGACUAUGACCCACAGACUGUGAGACUGGGAAGUAGAUAUAGUCAUGUUCAAGAAGUUCAAGAACGGCUUAACUUUCUUAGAUUUUUAUUGAAGGAUGGCCAACUGUGGCUGUGUGCUCCUCAGGCAAAACAAAUAUGGAAGUGCUUAGCUGAAAAUGCAGUUUACCUUUGUGAUCGUGAAGCCUGUUUCAAGUGGUAUUCCAAAUUGAUGGGGGAUGAACCAGACUUAGAUCCUGAUAUCAAUAAGGACUUCUUUGAAAGUAAUGUACUUCAGCUCGAUCCUUCCUUAUUAACUGAAAAUGGAAUGAAAUGUUUUGAGAGAUUCUUCAAAGCUGUGAAUUGUCGAGAAGGAAAACUAGUAGCAAAAAGAAGAGCCUAUAUGAUGGAUGAUUUGGAGUUGAUAGGAUUAGACUAUCUUUGGAGGGUUGUAAUUCAGAGUAAUGAUGAUAUUGCCAGCCGAGCUAUAGAUCUCCUUAAAGAGAUAUACACAAACCUUGGUCCAAGGCUGCAGGUCAAUCAGGUGGUGAUCCAUGAAGACUUCAUUCAGUCUUGCUUUGAUCGUUUGAAAGCUUCUUAUGACACGCUGUGUGUUUUGGAUGGUGACAAAGACAGUAUUAAUUGUGCAAGACAGGAAGCUGUUCGAAUGGUUAGAGUAUUAACUGUUCUAAGAGAAUACAUAAAUGAAUGUGAUAGUGAUUAUCAUGAAGAAAGAACAAUUUUGCCUAUGUCAAGAGCUUUCCGUGGUAAACACCUCUCUUUUAUAGUUCGAUUUCCAAACCAGGGCAGACAAGUAGAUGACUUGGAAGUUUGGUCUCAUACAAAUGAUACAAUUGGUUCAGUUCGACGUUGUAUUCUCAAUCGCAUUAAAGCUAAUGUAGCUCAUACAAAAAUUGAACUCUUUGUGGGUGGUGAGCUGAUUGAUCCUGGAGAUGACCGAAAGUUGAUUGGACAAUUAAAUCUAAAAGAUAAAUCACUAAUUACAGCCAAACUUACACAAAUAAGCUCCAAUAUGCCUUCAAGUCCUGAUAGCUCUUCUGAUUCCUCAACUGGAUCUCCUGGAAACCAUGGUAAUCAUUAUAGUGACGGCCCCAAUCCAGAAGUGGAAAGCUGUUUGCCUGGAGUGAUUAUGUCACUUCAUCCCAGAUACAUCUCUUUCCUUUGGCAAGUUGCAGACUUAGGGAGCAGCCUAAAUAUGCCACCUCUUAGAGAUGGAGCAAGAGUGCUUAUGAAACUUAUGCCACCAGAUAGUACAACAAUAGAAAAAUUAAGAGCUAUUUGUUUGGACCAUGCCAAACUUGGAGAAAGCAGCCUUAGUCCGUCUCUUGACUCACUUUUCUUCGGUCCUUCUGCCUCACAAGUGCUAUACCUAACAGAGGUAGUCUAUGCCUUGUUAAUGCCUGCUGGUGCACCCCUGGCUGAGGAUUCCUCUGAUUUUCAGUUUCACUUCUUGAAAAGUGGUGGUCUACCCCUUGUCCUGAGUAUGCUAACCAGAAAUAACUUCCUACCAAAUGCAGAUAUGGAAACUCGAAGGGGUGCCUACCUCAAUGCUCUUAAAAUAGCCAAACUGUUACUAACUGCUAUUGGCUAUGGCCAUGUUCGGGCUGUGGCAGAAGCUUGUCAGCCAGGUGUAGAAGGCGGGAAUCCCUUGACAUCGGUCAACCAAGUAACUCAUGAUCAAGCAGUGGUGCUACAAAGUGCCCUUCAGAGCAUUCCUAACCCGUCGUCUGAAUGCAUGCUUAGAAAUGUGUCUGUUCGUCUUGCUCAGCAGAUUUCUGAUGAGGCCUCAAGAUACAUGCCUGAUAUUUGUGUAAUUAGAGCUAUACAAAAAAUUAUUUGGACAUCAGGAUGUGGGGGAUUACAGCUGGUAUUCAGCCCAAAUGAAGAAAUCACAAAAAUUUAUGAGAAGACCAAUGCAGGCAAUGAGCCAGACUUGGAAGAUGAACAGGUUUGCUGUGAAGCAUUGGAAGUGAUGACAUUGUGUUUUGCCUUGAUUCCAACAGCCUUAGAUGCUCUAAGUAAAGAAAAGGCUUGGCAGACAUUCAUUAUUGACUUACUAUUGCACUGUCACAGCAAAACGGUUCGUCAAGUAGCACAGGAGCAAUUCUUCUUAAUGUGCACCAGAUGUUGCAUGGGACACAGGCCUCUACUUUUCUUCAUUACUCUGCUCUUCACUGUUUUGGGGAGCACAGCCAGAGAGAGGGCUAAACAUUCAGGCGACUACUUUACCCUUUUACGGCACCUUCUUAAUUAUGCUUACAACAGUAAUAUUAAUGUACCCAAUGCUGAAGUUCUUCUCAAUAAUGAAAUUGACUGGCUUAAAAGAAUUAGGGAUGAUGUUAAAAGAACAGGUGAAACAGGUAUUGAAGAGACAAUCUUGGAAGGACAUCUUGGGGUUACAAAAGAGCUACUGGCUUUUCAGACUCCUGAGAAAAAGUUUCAUAUUGGUUGUGAAAAGGGAGGUGCUAAUCUCAUUAAAGAAUUAAUCGACGAUUUCAUCUUUCCUGCAUCCAAUGUUUACCUGCAGUAUAUGAGAAAUGGAGAGCUCCCAGCUGAACAGGCUAUUCCUGUCUGUGGUUCACCAGCUACGAUUAAUGCUGGUUUUGAGUUACUUGUAGCAUUAGCUGUUGGCUGUGUGAGGAACCUCAAACAGAUAGUAGAUUCUUUGACUGAAAUGUAUUACAUUGGUACAGCAAUAACUACUUGUGAAGCACUUACUGAGUGGGAAUACCUGCCACCUGUUGGACCCCGCCCACCUAAAGGAUUUGUGGGGCUGAAAAAUGCCGGUGCUACUUGUUACAUGAAUUCUGUGAUUCAGCAGCUCUAUAUGAUUCCCUCCAUCAGGAACGGUAUUCUUGCAAUUGAAGGCACAGGUAGUGAUGUAGAUGAUGAUAUGUCUGGGGAUGAGAAACAGGACAAUGAGAGCAAUGUUGAUCCCAGGGAUGAUGUGUUUGGAUAUCCUCAACAAUUCGAAGAUAAACCAGCACUGAGUAAAACAGAAGAUCGGAAAGAGUACAAUAUUGGUGUUCUAAGACACCUUCAGGUUAUCUUUGGGCAUUUAGCUGCUUCUCGACUACAAUACUACGUGCCAAGAGGGUUUUGGAAACAGUUCAGACUUUGGGGUGAACCUGUUAAUCUUCGUGAACAACAUGAUGCUUUAGAGUUUUUUAAUUCUUUGGUGGAUAGUUUAGAUGAAGCUUUAAAAGCCUUAGGGCAUCCAGCUAUGCUAAGUAAAGUCUUGGGAGGUUCCUUUGCUGAUCAGAAGAUUUGCCAAGGCUGCCCACAUAGGUACGAAUGUGAAGAAUCUUUUACGACUCUGAAUGUAGACAUUAGAAACCACCAAAAUCUUCUUGAUUCUCUGGAACAGUACGUCAAAGGAGAUCUAUUAGAAGGGGCAAAUGCUUAUCAUUGUGAAAAAUGCAAUAAAAAGGUUGAUACUGUAAAGCGUUUGCUAAUUAAAAAAUUACCUCCUGUUCUUGCUAUCCAACUAAAACGAUUUGAUUAUGACUGGGAAAGAGAAUGUGCAAUCAAGUUCAAUGACUACUUUGAAUUUCCUCGAGAGUUAGACAUGGAACCUUACACAGUCGCAGGUGUUGCUAAGCUGGAAGGGGAUAAUGUAAACCCAGAAAGUCAACUGAUACAACAGAAUGAACAGUCUGAAGAGAAAGCAGGAAGCACAAAAUACAGACUUGUGGGUGUGCUUGUGCACAGUGGUCAAGCAAGUGGAGGACAUUACUAUUCUUACAUCAUUCAGAGGAAUGGAGGAGAUGGUGAAAAGAAUCGCUGGUAUAAAUUUGAUGAUGGAGAUGUAACAGAGUGUAAAAUGGAUGACGACGAAGAAAUGAAAAACCAGUGUUUUGGUGGCGAGUAUAUGGGAGAAGUGUUUGAUCACAUGAUGAAGCGCAUGUCAUACAGGCGCCAGAAAAGGUGGUGGAAUGCUUACAUACUUUUUUAUGAACGAAUGGACACAAUAGACCAUGAUGAUGAAUUGCUAAGAUACAUAUCAGAGAUUGCUAUCGCCACAAGGCCCCAUCAGAUUGUUAUGCCUUCGGCCAUUGAGAGAAGUGUACGGAAGCAGAAUGUACAGUUCAUGCACAACCGAAUGCAGUACAGUUUGGAAUACUUUCAGUUUAUGAAAAAACUACUUACAUGUAAUGGUGUUUACUUAAACCCUCCUCCAGGGCAAGAUCACCUGUCUCCUGAAGCAGAAGAAAUCACUAUGAUUAGUAUUCAGCUUGCUGCGAGGUUCCUCUUUACUACAGGAUUUCACACAAAGAAAAUAGUUCGUGGCUCUGCCAGUGAUUGGUAUGAUGCAUUGUGUAUUCUCCUUCGUCACAGCAAGAAUGUGCGAUUUUGGUUUGCUCACAAUGUCCUUUUUAAUGUUUCAAAUCGUUUUUCUGAAUACCUUUUGGAAUGCCCUAGUGCAGAAGUGAGAGGUGCAUUUGCUAAACUUAUAGUCUUCAUUGCACAUUUUUCCUUGCAAGAUGGGCCUUGUCCUUCACCUUUUGCAUCUCCUGGACCUUCUAGUCAGGCUUAUGACAACUUAAGCUUAAGUGACCACUUAUUAAGAGCAGUACUAAAUCUCUUAAGGAGGGAAGUUUCAGAACAUGGUCGUCAUUUACAGCAGUAUUUCAACUUGUUUGUAAUGUAUGCCAAUUUAGGGGUGGCAGAGAAGACACAGCUGCUGAAACUGAGUGUGCCUGCUACCUUUAUGCUUGUGUCUUUAGAUGAAGGUCCUGGUCCUCCGAUUAAAUAUCAGUAUGCUGAAUUAGGCAAAUUAUACUCAGUAGUGUCACAGCUAAUCCGCUGUUGCAAUGUCUCCUCAAGAAUGCAGUCUUCUAUCAAUGGUAAUCCUUCUCUUCCAAAUCCUUUUGGUGAUCCUAAUUUAUCACAACCUAUAAUGCCAAUUCAGCAAAAUGUGGUAGAUAUUUUAUUUGUGAGAACAAGUUAUGUGAAGAAAAUUAUUGAAGACUGCAGUAACUCUGAUGAGACCGUCAAAUUGCUUCGCUUUUGCUGCUGGGAGAAUCCUCAGUUCUCAUCUACCGUCCUCAGUGAACUUCUUUGGCAGGUUGCAUAUUCCUAUACUUAUGAACUCCGACCCUAUUUGGAUCUGCUUUUACAAAUUUUACUGAUUGAAGACUCCUGGCAGACUCACAGAAUUCAUAAUGCCCUCAAAGGAAUUCCAGAUGACCGAGAUGGGCUGUUUGACACAAUCCAGCGUUCUAAGAAUCACUAUCAAAAAAGAGCAUACCAGUGUAUAAAAUGUAUGGUAGCUCUCUUUAGCAGUUGUCCUGUUGCUUACCAAAUCCUGCAGGGCAAUGGAGAUCUUAAAAGGAAAUGGACCUGGGCAGUGGAAUGGCUUGGAGAUGAACUCGAAAGAAGACCAUACACUGGCAAUCCUCAAUACACUUACAACAAUUGGUCUCCCCCAGUGCAAAGCAAUGAAACAUCAAAUGGCUAUUUCUUGGAGAGAUCACAUAGUGCUAGGAUGACACUUGCAAAAGCUUGUGAACUCUGUCCUGAGGAGGUAAAAAAAGCCACCAGUCUACAAGAGAUAGAAAUGGAAGAAAGCAAAGAACCGGAUGACCAAGAUGCCCCAGAUGAGCAUGAAUCACCUCCACCAGAAGAUGCCCCAUUAUACCCCCAUUCCCCUGGAUCUCAAUAUCAGCAGAAUAACCAUGUGCAUGGACAGCCAUAUACAGGCCCAGCAGCACAUCACAUGAAUAACCCUCAGAGAACUGGCCAACGAGCACAAGAAAAUUAUGAAGGCAGUGAAGAAGUGUCCCCACCUCAAACCAAGGAUCAGUGAAAUGCACAUAUUAACUGGUUCCAUCAAGACUGUGCACCCAGGCCUUACAGUCCAACUUUUUUCUGUGUCUGGCUAAUAUUUAAAACUAGAAAAACUAUUCCUAAUCAACAUGGAUUGGAGAGUUUAUUCACUGUCUUAUCUGCAGAAAUACGCUGUCAAUAUAUAACCCGCCUGCAGUGGAAAGUGUAUAGUGUUUUGUAAUAAAUGGCCUGAUGCUAAUGUGUAAAUGGCAAAGGUGUAUAUAGUAUAUUAAUGUUUGACUGUUAAUUCUUAAGAAACUUUUUUUUUCUUGAUGAGACUCACAGAUCUACAAAAACUACAUUAAUUUUCUUGUUAUACCCACUGCACUCUGCAGCCAGUGUUGCCUACCUUGUGGCAGUUGGAUCACCUCCUUUACAAAAACAAAAGUUAACAGCAACAAAAUAGCCCAUUCAUGUCACACCAAUAGUUUUCGUGUUCAUUCUUUGCCACUGGAAUCAAUUUUACUAUGAGCAAUGUAAAGCUGGUUACCUUUUAAUUAUUUGGUUGAUGUGGAAAAUUGGUGAUGUACUGUUUCUAGAUCUUUUUCAUUGCCUUUUUAUUCUGAUGUUAGGUUAAUCACUUUGAAGCUAUAGAUAUGCUGUAACAUUUAGCAUGGCUUCACACAAGUUAGUGUAGCCAAUGAGGAAAUAUUACCAUAAUGACUGCAGUUAUCCUGACAUGGAGACUGCAUUGCCUGGAGCUUUCCUUCUUAAACCCUAGACUAUAAAAUACAGGCUGAGGGGAGAACUGUGGUAAGCAGGCAGUUCUCAAUUGCACAUGUGUUCCUUCUCGUGUUUGACAGUGCAGAUCUCUGGGUGGAAAAAAGAACACAAAUUUAUCCAUUUAGUGGUGGGAAUUUUGAAAGGUUUAAAACAAAUAUGAAAAAAUUUGCUAUGCCAGGAUGCUGGCUGGAGCCUAGUAUAAGACUGUAUUUGGUGUGCUUGUUUUGUUCUUUGGUAGAGCUUACUAAGUGACUCUUCUAAAACUGUCCUCUGCUGGACCCCAGUGAUUCAGAAGUCAGAACCCCACAGUCUUUUGAGUACCUCUGCACCAAGAUGUCUGACUGAUUCUCUGCUCAGUCAUAAUUUUACUUGAAAGCAAAAAUUGUCCUAGCUCCUGUUCCAUUCCAAAAAUUUUAACGUUCAAAGCAGGGUCUAAUUUAAAAAUAAAAAAAUUACUGGUCAUUAAUAUAAUUGAAGUAUCACAAUUUUAGAAUAAACAAUUUGAAUUCAUCAGUUAAUACUGUAUUUUAAAGAGAAUUGGUGACUUGAAUGUGUGUAAUUUUUGGAAACUGUCUAAAACCAAAUACCCCUGCAAACAGAUACAACCCACCCUAUUUAAAUAUUUUGCUGUUUUAUUUUAUAGAAAUUAUUUUGCUGAAUUCGCAAAUAGAAUUUGAUUUAAGAAGAA